GACUGGAAUCUCUAGUCAGCUCAGUCAGCUGAACCAGGUGGUGAAGUGUGAAGUGUCAUUUCACAUUAAAUUGAUUAUUUUAAUUAAUCAAGUCCCUCAGUUUUUAACUGAAUGGAGUAAAGCCAUAAAAUAAAAUACUUAAUAAUGAAGUAAAUUUAUUCAUGGCUGGUUCAUCAGUUCAUCACAACACACAAUGGUUACGUCUGUUUCUGACACGGCAGCGUCGUUUCUUGAAAAGUUGCCACAAUCCGGCAAGUACUUUUUGUACGUAUCCAGCGCUCUAGCCCUUCUUGGAGGAACGAGCUACCUCAUCUACAAGUGGGGCAAAGGUCAAACCAAGGGGCGCCACUUGGAGCGACGAAGGAACACCGUGGACUUGAGAAAACCACCCCAGUUAUGGAACACGGCCAUCUUCUUUCCCGACUACAAGGCAAAGGAUCCUAAUUCCAAAACGGCGCAAUUGUUGUGGUAUUUUCAGGAGGCGAAGAUUAGCAUUCAAAUUUGCAUUUAUAACUCUUCUUUGAAAGAGUUAGAGGAGGUUAUCUUUGAAAAAUUUCGAGAGGGCCUGUUGGUCGAAGUGGUCGCUGGAAACGAACGCACAGCGGCUCCGUUCCGGGAACACGGCAUCAAGGUCGGAGUGUACCCUGCAAUCGACGCAGAAUACUUAAUGCAUCACAAAUUCGUAAUUUUCGAUAGUGAAGCAGUAAUGACGGGAUCUCUUAAUUGGACUCUUGACGGUAUAACAGCCAACAGGGAAAAUGUUGUUAUCUCCACGGACCAGCGUCACAUCAAAAAAUAUCUUCGAGAGUUUUACAAAUUAAUGAAGGAAUGUGAGGAUGCGAAAAGCGUAACGUAUUCCUCGUCUAAUGUAUUCGCCGAUUAAAAUCAUUCCCUUGUAAACUUUCUACGGGCAGAGUUAAAGUGGAUCACCUUAAUUUAUUUGAGACUUACUCAAUUAUGAUAACAUUUUACCUGAAUGCCUGACUCCUUUUACAGGAUAUCCUUCUGUACAUAAUUAAUAUAAUUCCAUUUGAAUUGGAACUGGACUAUAAUUGUCUUCUCUAAAAAACCAACCUGAGUAGUUUGUAAUAUGUGGUAUGGUUAAAAAAUACAGUUUUCUCAGACUUGCAUUUUUCUCUUCAAAUUUAUGAUACAGACAGAACCUUUUAGAAAGUAUCUAAAGAAAAUGAUAUACAUAUUUACAUAUGUAUAAUGUAUAUUAGCAAGAAUAACAGAGGAGGAAACAUGGCAAACCGGAAAAGUCAGACUGAGAUAUUCCUCUAAAGUUUAUAAUAGUUACCAGCAAUGCAUAAUACAGAUACACCUCGGAUGGUGCAUAAUUUAGAGAAAUUGUUUUUGGAAUUUAUCAAUCAUGAUUCCUAAAUAUAUAAAAGUAUAAUCAAGCACUAUUCUUAUCUUGAGGUAAAGGUUUUUUUUAAGUUGCAUAUUACUUUAUUCGAUCAAUUACGUUUUUGGAGUUCCAAGUUUCUUACUCGUAUCAUAAUUAUGAUAAAAAUCUCUUAUUUUGUUUAUUGAAUAUGGUUAAAGCUCCACACCUUCGAGCUCCAUGUAAGUAAUUUUUGCGUCAUCCGACAUAUACUUGGUAGUACCUCGAACCACCAUCCAGUUAUUUAAGCAAAUAUAGUACUGUAGCACUAUAUUUCUUUCUUCGUAUCUCCGAAAUCAAUGAUCUGUCUCCUGAUUUAAUUAUAAUACAAAUACGUUCAUUCAAAUUUAAAUGUUCAAUUAAUCACAUAUUGUUAAAUGAGUUAUUAAAUAUUCUACAUUAAGAACAA